AUGGCAUCAAUCCUACAAUACGAUGCCAUAGUUAUUGGCUCCGGCCAAUCCGGCACACCUCUGGCCACUACCUUUGCCAAAGCAGGACAUAAAACAGCGCUGAUCGAACGCGAACAUAUCGGCGGAACUUGUAUCAACGAAGGCUGCACACCUACAAAGACCAUGAUAGCAUCGGGUCGUAUUGCCCAUCUAGUUCACAGGGGACUAGACUACGGCAUACACACCGAUAGGCACGGUACCAAUGUGAACGCAGCCGCAGUCGACAUGCUCAAGGUCCGCCAACGCAAACGCAACAUCGUCGCCUCAUUCCGCGGCAGCAGCGAGACUAAAUUAAAAGAUGCCGGCGUAGAUGUCCUAAUAGGCGAGGCAAGUUUUCUAGACAAGAAAACACUCGAAUACAAAGAUGCUGGCGGCAGUAUGAGAACCGUCCAAGGCCAGAAAAUAUUCAUCAAUGUCGGAACACGACCCGCACCGCCACUGCUUGAAGGCAUCGGCUCGCUUGACGCAAAAAGAGUCUUGAAUUCAACCUCGAUCCAAGAGCUGGACGAGGUCCCCCAUCACCUCGUUGUGAUUGGUGGGGGGUAUGUGGGAGUGGAAUAUGCACAACUGUUCCGCAGACUGGGUGCACACGUCACCAUAAUUCAGCACGGAGCACAACUCGUUCCGCGCGAGGACGAGGACCUCGCUCAUAUGCUAGGCGAGAUUUUUCAACAAGACGGGCUGACGAUUCACUUGAAUUCUGAGCCAGUCAGGAUUGUACCCUCGUCUAGCGGGUUCAUUCUUUAUCUCCAAACUAAGAAUGGCGAUCAAACCGUGGAAGGAACGCACGUUCUCUUCGCUGCUGGCCGCGUGCCGAAUACAGACCGACUGAACACACAAGCGGCUGGUAUCAAGACGGACAAGAAAGGGUAUAUUGUGACGAAUGAGUAUCUCGAGACUUCGUCUCCAUCCAUUUUUGCAAUGGGCGACGUGAAAGGACCCCCGGCGUUCACGCACAUCUCAUACGACGACUUUCGCAUCCUUCGGUCUAAUCUGCUCUUAUCACCGUCAUCAAGAAUCUCCAUCAAAGACCGCAUUGUCCCGUACGUGGUGUUCACCGAUCCUCAACUAGGGCACGUCGGCCUGCACGAGAAUGAGGCUCGUGCGAAGUUUCCCAACAAGAAGAUCCAGACGGCAAAAAUGCCAAUGGUAUACGUUGCUCGCGCACUAGAAACAGACGAGGCGAGAGGAAUGAUGAAGGCUGUUGUUGAUCAGGAUACGGGGUUGAUCUUGGGAUUUUCCUGUUUGGGCAUCGAGGGUGGCGAAAUUAUGAGCAGCGUUCAAGUUGCGAUGAUUGGGAAUGUUCCAUACCAAAAACUGCGAGAUGCAGUCUUGGCUCAUCCAACUCUAGCCGAGAGUUUGAACAAUAUUUGGGGAUUUUUGGAGUGA